AUGAUCAUUUUCUAUUUUAUUUCUAAUCUCUUCAAGUCCGGCUCCAAACCCAAUGCGAAUAAUGGUACCACUUCACCAGCUACAACAAAUUAUAAACCGUCUACAAAUCUCUUCCCACAUGGCCAACUAUUAAGUUUAUAUGUUUACCUAUCGGAGAAAGAAAACUUUACAGAAUUUGAUAAUUCAAGCUACUUGGUAUGGAAGUAUAAUAAAUUGAGAUACGGCAGUUGGGAAGAUGGCCCUAAUGCAGAUGGAACUAGGAGUAAAAGUCAUUCAUUCAAUAUCAGUGAGAAUGUACAGAAUAAUGGAUCUCUUUAUUUGCACGUUUAUAUCUGCAAACAUGGAAUAUCUCCCGAUCCAAACAGUAGACAUUAUCAAUCGCUGGGAGUGAUUCACCAAAUGAAAAGUAUAUAUCGCAAAAAAAGGUUGCAUAAAGCAUCCAACUUAAUAACAGGAAAGACUGAAGUCCACGCCGACUUACUUCCAAAAACAGAAAAUGAAAAACCUGAAAUUAUCUCUUAUUGGCAUCCAAACUUAACUAUAAAUCUAUUAGACGAUCAUACUUCGUGGGUCGAAGGAUCAGUUCCUGCACCUUUAAAUCAAUUCGUAAAAUUUGACGGCCAAGGACAUUACUUUCCAGUGAUAUUUUUAAACGAUUAUUGGAAUUUAAAUAGUGACUACAUGCCCGUCAAUUCUUCCGUCGAGACUUUACAUUUAAAUCUGAUAUAUGGCCCUCUUUCCUUAAUUAAAUGGCAAUUUUUCGCGUCACAAACUACUCAAAAUCCUUGGACAGCAUUAAUGGGAGGAGAUCAGCAAACUGAUGAUGAGAAAGAUAGUAUGAAGCAAAUGCUGCUUGAAACUAACCCUUAUCUCAUCGGAUUAACAAUUUGCGUUAGUUUAUUGCACAGCGUUUUUGAAUUUUUGGCCUUUAAAAACGAUAUUCAAUUCUGGAAUUCUAGAAAAUCUUUGGAGGGUUUAUCUGUCAGAAGCGUUUUUUUUGGUGUUGUUCAAUCAGUUAUUGUUUUACUGUACGUUCUUGAUAAUGACACCAACACUAUGAUCAUCAUAAGUUGUUUGGUCGGUUUAGGUAUUGAUGCUUGGAAAAUUACGAAAGUUAUGAAAGUUGAGUUACGAUCUAUACCUAGAAUCUCAAUCCAAGACAGAGCAACAUAUGAAGAAUCACCCACGAAGGAAUACGAUAGGAUGGCUUUUAAAUAUUUGUCAUGGGCACUUUUCCCGAUGUUUGCAUGUUAUACUGUUUACUCGCUGCUGUAUCAUGAGCAUAAAGGGUGGUAUUCAUUUUGCCUUGGCAUUUGCUACGGAUUUUUAUUAAUGUUUGGUUUUAUCAUGAUGACUCCUCAGUUAUUCAUAAACUAUAAGAUGAAAUCUAUAGCUCAUUUACCUUGGCGUAUGCUCACUUAUAAAGCUUUAAAUACAUUUAUUGAUGAUAUUUUCGCUUUCAUUAUAAAAAUGCCUACACUUUAUAGAAUUGGAUGUCUUAGAGAUGACCUUGCUCGCCAAUCUGGCCAGAACGAUGAAGAAUCAUCAUCACCCACUGCUAUUGAAAACAAGAAAGACAAGUGA